GUCAUUUUAUUAGUCUUAGUAAAAGAACAAAAGUUUAGGACAUAGAUAUAUAUUUCUAGAAAUAACUUAAUUAAAAUAAAAUCAAUACAUUUUUGUAGUCAAUGGGCUAUCAACAAAAAAUAUUUACAAAAUCACUAUUGUGAUCGCCAUUACUAUGAAAUGUAUGAAUGCAUACAGAACUAAUGGUGCAACAGUGUGUGGCAAGUGCGACGAAAUCGUCUAGUUUCUGCUCUUGGUACUGUGAUCAGUAUUAAUUCAUAAAAAGAACUUAUUUUUCUUUCAAUUUUGGCGGGAGAGCUGGCACAAUACUUCGUAAACGUUCAAUGGUGUUCUGUCAGCUGUCGUCUGUCGUCCCCUGGCCUCGACGCCGUUUAGAGCUUAUUGCUUAUAAGCCAUAAAAUUAACAGUGCAACAGUGAAAUUUGUGGUGCGUUUUGUGUUCAAUGUGGACAUUAGACCAUGUGUCUUGGGUAGGCGCGUCAGAUAUGGAUACCAGAAGGGCGUCCCCUAACUACGAAGCAAGUUUUGACUCGUGCGACCCUCUCGGAUCUGUAUUGGAGUGGUCAGGCCGGGGGCCGGCCCGUGUGUUCCGGCGGCGCUGCCGGAGCGAGGGUAUCGACAGAUCACCGUACGAGGAUGUGACACGCGACGACAACCGGUCAGCAGAUAGUCAUCCUCGUCACCAACGCACCGUGCCAAAUAAAAGUCACUUCACCCUAAACGCCGUUCAAGAGGCGCGGUACGAUCGUUUCUAUUACGAAUGUUCUUUUGCCGCCGCUGAAAACGGUGAUUACGCCAUGUCCCAGGACCAUCGUAGAAACCAGAGUUAUCAGGCACCAAGAUCGAAAGUGCAACGAUCAAGUCCUACUAGACCACAUCAAUUCAGUCCUGUGCCAAAUUCAAAAUUUGAUGACAUCCGUUUACCAAAAGUUGAAGAACUUUUAGAAAGAGUUGAUCAUGAAAUGAUGGAAGUGCCUGUAGUCAAACAACCAUUAAAGUCAAUACUCAAUAAUCCACUAGUAAAGUCACCACCACAAGGUAUACUUAAGAAACCUAAGAGCAGACCGUAUCAAGAUCCUAAGUCAAAUGUUGAAGGCCGGAGAAGACAGAGGGCUGCCAGUGAGUCUGACAAUGCUUACUGCAGUUUCAAUAUAAGCUCACCCAUACCUGGAUAUGAUAGUCGAUUAAAUUACAUCCCAAACAAUACAAAACGAGCAAAAGACAAUUCUGGAAGUGGAUAUUCUUAUGGUAAUUCCGUUAACAUUAUAUCAGCGUCUCGUUCUAAAAGCCCUCCAGCCUUCCAGCGCAACCUCCGUUGCUCCUGUAAAGAUCAAGCAGUACCAGCAAGAGAUGAUAUGUUUGGAAUGCAUAUAUUAAGGACCACAGCAAUUAAUGAUAGAGUUGAUCAUGUUCCUACAAUACCAGUGUCACGACGAAACUCACCGACGCCCACUUGCCCAGCAGUGAGCCCGUCGUUACCAGUGAGCUCGGUAACCGCCAUACCUGUUGUCAAGAAACCUGUCAAAACUGUCAAGAAGAAAGCGAAGCCCAAACCCAAAGUUGUCAAGAUGAAAUCAAACUCGAAAGUUGACUGCAAUGAACUAGACGACAUUUUACAAGUUAAGAGUAGAACACCAUCACCACACAUAGCAGAGCCCGAAUGGCACAUGGAAACAGAUACUGUUGUACCUGAAGGCAAGGUGGAGAAGCGAUCACCCUCACCCUCGCCAAUUCCCAAGAAACAAGAGUACUCGGAACAAAACUCUGUUGCUAAAUUAUCUAGUAAACUAAAUGGAACUGUUGUAUCACCUAAAAAGAAAGAGACAAAUUCGGAACACCAACAAUUUCUAACUGCAUUACACACUAUUAAUCCAUUCAAAAACCUGCCAUCACGCAAAGAUUCUCCAGUCUCCAUCCCGGAUUCAAUAACGAGUUGUCUUCGAUUGUCCCUCUUUCCACGAGUGCCACCAUAUUUGAAGUUUGCAAGUCACGAAGAGACAGUACCACUGAAGAUACCAGCGCCUAUACAAAAACAUCUAAAAUGGAAACUGACGACUAUAACACCCAUUUUAGUAAAGAAAACUUUAACUAAUUCCGGAUUUAGACUUGUGAAGAGUGAAUGUGAUACGUCGGAGUGUCCACAAGAAGAGACAGUGGACUGGAUAGGUAUAUGGGGUAAACAUAUGAAAUCACUAAUGUUCAGAGCAAUAAAAGACAGACAGAAAAUGAAUCAUUUCCCAGGCACAUUUCACAUUGGAAGAAAGGAUCGGUUGUGGAGAAAUCUACAGAAGUUAGUCUCUAAAUAUGGUAUGAAUGAAUUUGGUAUAAUGCCCAAGACGUAUGUAUUACCUCAUGAUAUGAAGAUAUUGAAACAUGACUGGGAGAAACAUGCUGCAAAUAAUGAGAAAUGGAUCAUAAAACCUCCGGCAUCAGCUCGGGGCACAGGCAUCAAGGUGGUAUCCCGCUGGACUCAGAUCCCGAAGAAGCGGCCGGUGGUGGUGCAGCGCUACGUCUCCAAGCCCUACCUCAUCAACGGCAACAAGUUCGACAUGCGUCUUUACGUGCUCGUCACCUCCAUACAUCCACUCAGGAUUUAUCUUUACAAAGAUGGCUUGGCUAGGUUUGCUUCCGUCAAAUACAACGAUGAACUAGCAUCGUUAAACGACAGAUAUAUGCAUUUAACAAACUACUCAAUCAAUAGACUGUCCAAGAACUACACGCCUAAUGAAGACUUCGCCGCCUGCGAAGGACAUAAAUGGACCCUCCAAUCACUUUUCCAUUACCUGAAGACUGAUAGGAAUGUAGAUACAGACUCGCUUUGGGAAUCUCUGAAGGAUUUAGUGAUAAAAACAAUAAUAUCAGGAGAGGCGAGCAUUAGUUCACUUACAAAAGCAAACGUCACUUCGCGGUACAAUUGUUACGAGCUGUUUGGUAUUGAUGUCUUGUUGGAUGAAGAUCUCAAACCUUGGCUUUUAGAAGUGAACAUAUCGCCCAGUUUGCACAGCGCGUCUCCGCUAGAUAUCCACGUGAAGGGACCUCUAGUGUCAACUGUGCUCAAUAUUGCUCAGUUCCAAGUGCCCUCAAAAACUAACCUGGACGCACUCAGCAGCACUAAACCUAACAAAUUGACUGGAUUACCUUACGAUAGUAGAUUGUACACGGUAUACCUUUCCAAAGAAGAGAGAGACAAGCACAUUAUAUACACAAACAUGGAAGACAGAGAUAUGUAUUUACGCGACAUCCUGUCAACGCUGACGCCGGACGACGUGCGGCACUUGAUCCAGGCGGAGGACGAGCUGACGCAGACUGGUGACAUGGAGCGAGUCUUCCCCACCAAUGAGACCCACAAGUACCUGGAGUACCUCUCCGGACCUCGGUAUUACAACCGCCUCUUUGACGCCUGGGAGAUGCGCUAUGCACAUUACAGGGAACCCGGUAUAGAGUUACUCCGAAAGCUGUGCGGCAUUGGGUACCAUCUGGAGGCGCCAGCUGUACCACUGCAGGUAACUGUCGCAGGGUACAUGUGCCACUCAGUACCAUUGCCACUACCACACUUGCAACCGCUGCAGCUGCUGCAGCUGCUGCUGGCACUGCUCACCCUCAGCCUUGCCAUCAUCUGGUGAUGUACUCGCUUAUAUAAUACCUUGUCCUAGGUCAUAAAUCGGCAUUUUAGUCGACAGUAAAAUAUUAACACCU